GAUUACUGGUCUCUCUCCCCUUGCCCGGACCCGGUUUACCAAACCAAUAAAUCAAAAUCACGGAUAUGCUUUUUAGGGUUUCGACUCGAUUCUGAGAUUUUUUGCUUGCAAGAUUCGUUGCUUUUGUGUUCUCCGUCACCGGAGUUUUACCAUCGUGAAAUGGUGCGAUUGUGGUGUGGGAAGCUCAGACUUUGGAAACCCUAUUUAGCGUUAGCUACACAGAGUAGAAACAGCUGGUUCUGUUCGGGUGGUGGAGCUCCCUCUCAUCAUCUUCACAUCCUCAAAAAGUAUGGCAGCUCAGAGAUCACAGAGAUGAUCAAUCGGUAUAAGCGAAACGUAGCCGGACACACAUUGACGCAGAAUUCAAUGGUAGGUCAGUACAAAACAACAGUUUCUCCAAGUGUUGCUCAAAAUGUUACUAUUGAGACAUUUGAUUCGUUAUGUAUUCAAGGGAAUUGGAGAGAAGCUGUAGAGGUUUUAGAUUACUUGGAGAAUAAGGGUUAUGCUAUGGAUUUGAUUAGACUUUUAGGGUUAGCUAAACUAUGUGGUAAACCAGAAGCUUUGGAAGCAGCUAGAGUUGUUCAUGAGUGUAUCAUUGCUCUGGUUUCUCCUUGUGAUGUUGGCGCUCGAAACGCGAUUAUCGAGAUGUAUUCUGGUUGUUGUUCUGUUGAUGAUGCGCUCAAGGUGUUCGAAGAAAUGCCUGAGUGGAAUUCGGGGACUUUGUGUGUUAUGAUGAGGUGUUUUGUUAACAACGGAUAUGGUGAAGAAGCAAUUGAUUUGUUUACUCGUUUUAAAGAAGAAGGGAACAAACCAAACGGAGAGAUAUUCAACCAAGUGUUUUCUACAUGUACUUUGACAGGAGAUGUUAAGGAAGGGUCUCUGCAAUUUCAAGCUAUGUACAGAGAAUAUGGAAUCGUACCUUCAAUGGAACACUAUCAUAGUGUUACCAAAAUGUUGGCAACAUCUGGUCACUUGGAUGAGGCACUGAACUUUGUUGAGAGAAUGCCGAUGGAACCGAGUGUUGACGUGUGGGAAACACUAAUGAAUCUUUCUCGGGUUCAUGGAGAUGUAGAGCUUGGAGAUAGAUGUGCUGAGUUGGUUGAGAAGUUAGAUGCCACAAGAUUAGACAAAGUGUCAAGUGCAGGUCUUGUAGCAACCAAAGCAUCAGACUUUGUGAAGAAGGAACCAAGCACUCGGUCUGAACCAUAUUUUUAUUCUACUUUUAGACCGGUAGAUUCUUCACAUCCACAAAUGAAUAUCAUUUACGAGACACUAAUGAGUUUGAGGUCACAACUGAAAGAAAUGGGUUAUGUUCCUGACACUAGGUAUUAUCGUAGUUUAAUCAUGGCGAUGGAGAAUAAAGAACAGAUUUUUGGUUACAGAGAGGAAAUUGCAGUUGUUGAAAGUCUUCUUAAGUCAAAGCCUCGAUCUGCAAUCACUCUGUUAACUAAUAUACGCAUUGUUGGCGAUUGCCAUGAUAUGAUGAAGUUGAUGUCAGUCAUAACUGGCAGAGAUAUGAUUAAGCGAGAUGCAAAGAUAUACCACUUGUUCAAAAAUGGCGUCUGCCGGUGCAACAAUCUUUGGUGAGCUAACUGAUUGUUUUCCUCUACUCCAAUCCUUUGUAUAUGCAAUAAAUUUUUAGAUUUUGGUAAAUGAUCAUCGAGUUACUAUUUCGUGUUACUUGAGAGAAAUGAGUUUGGAAAAGUGUUCAACCAACACUUAACAAAGAGAGAAGGAAGAUAGUUUGAUCAAGUGAGAGCUAGAGACUUCCAU